AUGAACUCACGCAGCACAAGUCUGGACCAAGAGGAACCAGAGUCUCUACAGAAUAAAGAGGAAGUGGAGGAAAUUGGCACCAGUCAGGAGCAGGAGCAGCUUGAACUGAAGCAGGAGGCUGACACUUUUAUGUUGAGUCCAGAACAAGAACCAGACACUGUCCACCAGCUCCUUUCUGCUGGAGCUGAGAGUCAAGAUCAGAGCUUCCACAGCAGAAUGUCUGUCAUGAGGAGGAGGUUCUCACUGAGCAGCAGCUCUGUAACCAGGACAGGAACUCCAGGCUGGACCAAGAGGAACCAAAGUCUCUACAGAUUAAAGCAGAAUCUUCCACAGAAAGGUGUUCUUAAGGAGGAGCAUGAGGAGGUUCUCACUGAGCAGCAACUCUGUAACCAGGAGAGGAACUCCAGUAUGGACCAAGAUAAACCAGAGUCUCUACAGAUUAAAGAGGAAGAGGAGGAAAUCUGCACCAGUCAGGAGCAGGAGCAGCUUGAACUGAAGCAGGAGGCUGAUACUUUCAUGUUGAGUCCUGAUAAUGAGGAAAGUGAUCACAUAAAACCAGAGCGUGAAAAGCAUGUGUGCAAUAUUUGCAAGAAAUGCUUUAGACAAAAACAUUCACUCAUGGAGCACAUGAGAAAUCAUGAAGAUGAGAGGCCAUUUUCUUGUAAAACAUGUGGACAGUGUUUUAGACACAGUUCAGAAUUGACAAGCCACAAAAGAAGUCACACAGAGCUUUGGCAGCAGCAUAUUCAUGAGGAGGAGGUUCUCACUGACCAGGAGAGGAAAUCCAGUCUGGAACAAGAGGAACCAGAGUCUCUUCAGAUUAAAGAGGACCAGGGGGAAAUCUGCAUCAGUCAGGAGGGCGAAACGAAGCUGGAGGCUGAAACCAUACUGUUGACUCCUGAUCCUGAUCACAUGGAGCCAGAACCAGUCAUUGACCACCAGUAA